UCGCAAGCGGCCUCGACUCUCUUUCCUCUGACUUCUAAGUUUUAUAUGCCAUUUUUGUUAGAUUGUUUCUUCCAGUAAGGCGACUGUAACUCCGCAGAGGAUAUAAACACUUCCAAGCCAGUGGUUUCAAUUUAAAAUCUUAUUAUCUAGAGUUACAACGAAGUAACCAUCGUUAUGGAUCAAAGAAAAAAUAUUAGUAUUAUUAAGUGAAGAAUUUCUACAAAAGAUAAAAACAAUAUCCUUGUACGUGUUUAAAUAGUCUUCAAAAUGGAACUGGGUCAGAUGGUCUGGUUUGACAUUGGGAUUGGUUAUCCUAUACCUGGUGAAAUAGUACACUCAUCAGGCAAAUCUAUGCAAAUAAGGAGUUCAGUUGAUGGCAAGAUUCAUAAGAUUCGUGAUUCGUCUGGCGUCAAAGUUCGUCAUGAUGCAGUAGAAGACGGAAUUGAUGACAUGAUACAAUUACGAGAUCUUCAUGAAGGUUCCCUUUUAAUGAAUUUAAAACAACGAUAUGAGAAAAGUCAGAUUUACACCUACACAGGUAGUAUAUUGGUCGCUGUCAAUCCCUACAAAAUGUUUGAUAUUUAUGGCAUAGAAAUGGUUAAACAAUAUGAAGGACAGCUCAUUGGCCAUUUACCUCCUCAUUUAUUUGCCAUUGGUAGUGGGGCAUAUGCUAGGAUGUCAAAGAACAAUGAAAACCAAGUUGUAGUUAUUAGUGGUGAAAGUGGAGCCGGCAAAACUGAGAGUACCAAAUUAAUUAUGCAAUAUUUAGCUGCUGUUAAUAAGUCAGCUAAUAAUACAGUUACAGAACAG